GCCAAUUUUAAUAAAACGUCGCUGCUGAUAGAGUAUAUACCCAGGCAGGGUGGUUUCCUUUGUUCUCUCUACCGGACGGUGACACAUGGCGGCGGCGCUGUUGGGUGACGACGGCCGGGGCUACGACCUCGCGCGGAAGUUGGAGGCCCAUGGAGUCUGGCGCUCCUGGCUCGGCGAUACGCUUUACCAAAGCUUCAUUUCCUUCCUCUCCUCUCCCUCCAACUGGGAAUCCUUCAUGCGAACCGAUGACUCCAAAACUAAGCCUCAGAUCCAUCUCCAACUCCGCGUGCGCGCACUCCUCUUCGACAAGGCCUCCGUGUCUCUCUUCCUCCAAUCUCCUGCCCCAGUGGCAAUCUCUAAUCUAAACCCUAAUUAUUUGGACUUGCACGGCGAUGAUGUAUAUUUCACUUUGGAAAAUCUGGAUAGCAUUCAUCGCCAAUCAGGAGUUGCUGCUUCAAAUACAAUGUUAUCAAAGGUGCAUUCUAAAGCAUCUAUGAAUGCUGCAUCAAGAUAUAGCGAGUUGGAAGCUGAUGCUACAUCCCAAAGAUUUAAGUCCGAUGAUUUCCCAGAAACAUGGUAUAGUCAGUUCUUUGAGAAAUACAAGGUUAGUAAACCUUAUAGACCGAUGCUUGAGGAUGGAGAACGGAACCCUGAACAGAUGCGUACUUAUCUUAGAAUAACAGAAAACAACAAAAGAAGAAGGGCGGUUUUUAAGGAUAAUGUAUCAAGUUUGCGACCAAAUUCAGUUCCUGACGAAAGUUCUCUUGGUGAAGAUAUGCUGCUUUUUCCUGAGGCAAUGUUUAAUUUUAAUUGUGUUCCUGAAAGUGCAGUCAUCCGAACCAGUAAACUGGAAAUCAAUCAGAAAGUGCCAUUCAAUGGAGUUUUGGAUACCUUACCUCAGAUAAUGACUAAGAGCCCUUCAAUUAACCCAAUUAUGAUUGAGAGACUUGGCAUCAGACCUGAAUAUCUAAACAUGGAACAAGCACGUGGAAGGUCCGGUUACCAAAGGAAUAAGAAACUUCUUAGUCAUGAUCAAGCAUCACAAAUGUCGCAGAAGGUGGUUGCACGGUUGCUAACCAAUGUGGGCUUUGAAUCUUCCUCGGAGUUGUCUAUCGAAGUUAUUGCACAGCUUUUGAGUGGUCAUGUCUGUAAAUUAGGUCGCACUUUAAAGCUCCUCGCGGAUAGCUAUAGACAGCAGUGCUCUGCUACUGAGUUAGUAAAGAUGUUCCUUCAAACCACAGGAUCUAGUAACCUGGGUGCCCUGGCUGAGGUUAUUAAAGAUAACAUUAAGAAUGUUGCCCAACAAACUCAGCAGCAGCUAUUGGUCCAGGCACAGUUGCAAUCACAACAGCAGCCUUCCAUGCAGCAGUCACAGCAGAUCUUGAGACAGAUAAGCCCACAGAUGCAGCAGCAGAUGAACAAUCCGCAAUAUUUUGCUUAUCAACAGCAGCAAUGGGAGAGGAUGAAAAGGAGACAACAGCAGCAGCAGCAGCAGCAGCAGCAGCAGCAGGCAACACCUCGUCCUGCCGUGAAUGUGAAUAUGAAUAUGAACAUGAACAUGAAUAUGGACAAGGACAGGCCUCUAGUGCAAGUGAAGAUGGAGGCUCCAUCUGAUUUCCCAAUGGAUUCAAAUGCUUUCACAACAAUGAAUUCCAGGCACCCCCAAUUGCAACAGUUAAGGCAACAGCAACUAGCUGCAAUAUCAACUUUGCAUGCCCAAGCCAACAACAAUACAUUCCGGCCAAUGAAUUCUCUUCAAAUUCCGCAAAUUCAAUCACCGAACGUGGGAAUGGUAAUGGCCAGAGCACCUCCUGUAAAAGUUGAAGGUUUUCAGGAAUUAAUGAGUGGGGACUCUUCCCUGAAGCAUGAUUCUGAGGAAAACAAGCUUAUAUCUCCACCCAAGUAGGCAGACAACUUGUUGGCGUCGUAGAGGAAGAUUAGGGUGAUGUAGACAACAAUACUCUUGAAGUUAAUGUUGUGCUGCAAGAAGUGUCGUAGAGGAAGAUUAGGGUGAUGUAGACAACAAUACUCUUGAAGUUAAUGUUGUGCUGCAAGAAGUCUCUGUUGUCGUUGUUUUGUAUAUUUGCUUAGAGAUGAUGAAUAUGAAGUUAAUGAACUAAGAUUGAAUUAGCAAACACAAUAUGCAGUAUUCAUAUGGAAUGAGUGAUGAGAUAAUUGAUAGCCAUAGCAUAAUGCACAUCCAGACAUGUUUGGCAGAUUUGGGAAGUUUAAGGCUAGUCUUUGGAUUUGAUUUGAUCUGAUUUGAUUCGAUUCGAUUCUAUUAUAUUCUUUGUAGCCAUGAUACCAAAAGGGCUUUACUUACCCAAUCUUGGUUGUUAUAUCUACCUAUCUGAUUUUUUAUUUUUUAUUUUUCUGGGAAUAUAUCUACCUAUCUGAUUUGGUUCACUGUGGAGAAGAUAUAGUCUUUAUCUGUGCUGUCUUGACUCCAAAAAAUCAUAUUUAUAUGAAAGAUCGAGAAUUGGCCCACAAAUACAAUGUCUUAAAUUAUUCUAAACUGCUCAUGCUCUAGGUUUGUUUGUUUGUUUGUUUGGGGUUUGAGUUUAGAGCUUGGUUUUUGCUUAGUAUAAAUUUAUAGUAUUUUAAUUUUAAAAAUACUCCUUUUGUCCUGGACAA